AUGGAUAAAGUAGAUGUAGCAUAUAAUCACUUGUUAAACUGGUUAUGUGCCAGAGGCAAAUUGCCAAACGAUUACGCAACAAAGCUUCUAGACUUGGAGGACUACUGUAAUUUAAACAUACUCUACGAGAGUAAACUCCCGGAAAUGGUCAGGGUGAUAGUCAGUAAAGCGAGUGAAGAGUAUACGGAGUGGUACGACCCACUGACGGAGGCCUUCGAGCUGCUCAAAAAUACCCCCGAAGGGAAGGCGGUUAAUUUCAUUGGACAAUACACGUUUCAGCCGAUGCAAAAGGUGGACAAGGCGCUCAAAAAAUUCAACAAACACAACCUGUACAUGGUCUCAUACCACCAGCUACUACACAAAUACGUAACCUACUACAUCCCAUUCCUGAAAAAAAACCUAGUGGCAAUAACAAACGAGUUAAAUGAUUACAAGCUCAAGGAGUUCGAUUCUGUGAAGAAGUUCAAGAACCUGUCGGCAGAAUUCGAAAUCAAGUUGGAAAAGUACGGCCUUAACAAGGAGGAUUACGAAUACAGUGACCAGUGCCAGACGAAGCUGUACUACGACAUCCAGGAAAAGGUAGUCGAGAUGUCGACAGCGUACCUGAAGGAAACGUACGAAAAGGUGGUCAGCAUACUGAACAAAGUGUAUGAUCCGAUAAUAGAUAUAUUGAGUUCGUUCACAAGCCACCAAAAAAUGGAGGCAAGCUACUCAGUGAAGAAGUCGACGAGGUUCAUAAGGCACUGUAAGAACCACGGACUCAGGCCGUAUAGGCUGGCGCACCAGCUGCACCACUCGUUGGAGGCAUACGCGAACGGCGCUCAAAAGCACUCUAACGGGGACUUUAUAGUGAUGGAGGACGGCGUCAAGGUGGACGAGGAGCUGUCAGAGUCGUUCCUUGGGAACAACAUCUGCAGGCAGCUGCUGCUGAGUGACCUGCACGAGCUGCUAAUAUUCUUCUCAACCUGGGAGCACCAGCUGUCGACGAAGGUCUAUGCAGACUACUUUGGGCAGCGCUUCGACACGGAGUUCCACGUCGACGACUGCAGGCGCUACUCUGCGGAGCUGACCAGGGUGGUUGACAUGCUCAUGGGCAACGAGACUGUGAAGCUGCAAAACAUGCUGAAAAACCACCAGAAGCUAUCUGAGUACGUGCUGCUGGAGAUGAACUCCUGGUCCCUGGCGCUGAAGGAGCUGAAGAAGCAGGAGUCGUACUCUCUGCAGAUUAGGACCCUGGGAAAGAGCCUUCAGUACUACAAAAACGAGCUCGACACUGCUAAGCAGAGGAUAAAGCACCUGAAGUCCAAGUUGGAAGAAGGGGCGUCUCUGCUGUCGAACGUGAGUGUGCACAUCUUCGGCGAAAUAGACGCAAUCUAA